UUUAAGAUGGAGGCACCUUCGCCGCCAUCUUGUUCCACGCCGCCAUCUUGUACCGCGGCUGCGGUUGAGCCUGUCAUGGAUGACGUCAUGCAGGCCGUGGGCUUCGGCCGCUGGACGUUCAUGUUCUUCUUGGUCGCCGCUAUCGUGCCCAUGUCUCUCGUCGGGAACCUGUUCGUCUCUGACUUCGUCACGCCGUCUCUGGGCUUCACGUGCACGUCAGAGACCGACGACUGGUGGGACGACUAUGAUGACUAUGAUGACUAUGAUGACUAUGGCGACUAUGGUGACUAUAGUGGCGACUAUGGUGACUAUGAGUUCGAGGAUCUGGCAAUCAACGAUAGCGAUUCUUCGCACUACACGACACCUAAAGUGCAGAGGAAUAACUUCACGGGGCGCAAGCUGCUGGACGUCGCACCCUAUGACCCCGACCUUGUUGCUACCCCCACCACCCCGCCCCCCCGCCCCGACCCCCACGGGGAGCUACAACACGAGGUGGAGGACUACAGGGAGAACUGCAGGGAGGCCCCCCGCGCGUCGCUGGGGGUGGGGGGCGUGACGGUGCAGGAGGGGGCGGCCUGCAGGAGCUUCGAGUUCCUGCCCUCCGUGUACGGCUGGACCGCCACCGAGGAGUAUUCGCUGGUGUGCGGACGGGCGUGGCUACGCGCGGUUUUCCAGACGCUCUUCACCGUCGGCUGCGUCCUUGGGGCGGCCAUCGGGGGGGUGCUCUCCGACAGACACGGCCGGCAGCGCACAGUCUGCUGGGGCAGCGCCCUCGCCUGCGUGGUGUCCCUGGCGGGGGCCGCCGCCCCCUCGCUGGAGUUGCUGCUGCUGUGUCGACUACUGCUGGGGAUCACGGUCUUCAUCGCCGUCAACCCCCUCACUACACUGGCACUGGAGGUGUGCCCGGCAUCCCACCGCCACCUGUACGGCCCCAUCGAGAGCCUCCCCUACGCCGCCAUGUUGCCCCUACUGGCCGCUGCUGCUUACUUCUGCAGGAACUGGCGCCUCCUGCAGCUCUGCAUGGCCCUGCCCCUCCUGCUCGCCCUCCUGCUCUCCUGCCCGCUGGUCAUGGACGAGUCCCCUCGCUGGCUGCUCCUGAGGGGGCGUCUCAUGGACGCCGAGAGGGUCAUACGGGGGGCGGCGGCCGCCCACGGCACCCAGCACCAGCUGCCAGCUGGGCUGCACCAGCUGCUGGACGCUGUGUACAAGCGGACGCUGAGGUCACAGGGUCCAUCGUCCGCCUCCCUAAGGACGCACCUGGUGUCGCUGGUGUCCACCAAGGAGAUGCUGACCAUCACGGCGGUCACGGCUGCCAUGUGGCUUAUGGAAGGAGCGCUUUACAUCAGCCUCCCUCUGAAGGCUCCUGAGUACAGGUCCCCGUUCCUGUACCUGGGCCUGCUGGGCCUCCUGGAGAUGCCUGGGGCGCUGCUGGUGGCCCCGCUGGGCCGUCGCCUGGGCCGCCGCAGCGCCUGCGCCGUCCUCGCCUGCGUCUGCACCGCCGCCAUGCUGGGCCUCGGCCUCCUACGCCUCCACCAGUACCCUAACGACGGGGUGCUAAUGCUGCUGUCCGUGAUGGCGUACACAUCGCUCGUUGGAGUCUCGCAGAUGGUGGCAAUACUGACAUCAGAACUAUACCCCACAUCGGUGCGGGCUCUGGGGUCGUCGGUUGGGUACCUGGCCAACUGCGUGGGCAACUGCCUGCCCCCCUUCCUGGACGUCCUCCUGCCGGCGGGGGAGAGCUACGUCUCGCUAUUGGUCUACUCGGGGAUGGCGUUUGGGUGCGCGUUGCUCGCUCUCUGUCUGCCCGAGACCAGCGAGCGCCGCAUGUACGAGACCGUGCACGAGCUCGUCACUCACCAGCGCGGGACCUCUGACCUCGCUGACCACGAGCGCAAGAAUCUCCACGAUGACGUCAGCUACGAACCUCUGCACAAUGACGUCAGCGACGACGGGGAUGACCAAGAUGACGACGACAGCCACGACCAUGUCACUCACCAGCGGUCGAAAACAUCUUGCCUUAAUAUCGUCUGACGAAGACGAGGAGUCAACCAGUGGGUCUGAUGGGCUGAGGUCUGUUGCGAAAAACUGGUUGAUUCAACCCCGAUUAUUAUUUACGCCUAAGGUAAUUAUGCAUUCUCAGGUUGAUAACCUCCGUUCACGACGUUGGAAUCAUGUUGAAUUCUAGUCCAAAAUGAUCAAUGAAGCUACGUCAUUCUUGCAACGUUGUGUUGACAUUACAGUACAACAUUGAAAUGAUGUUACUUGUAAGAUUCUGUUUCAACAUUUAAAUUGUGUCGUUUAAAUUGCAUUGAUAAAAUUCAGGUUUUAGGUCUGCAUUGAUAAUUUUUGGGUUUUUAGGUUAAAUUAACGUAUUAACCUUGUAUAUUAUUUUUAUAAACUCGACCGAAUUUCAUUAUCGUAUCUGUGACAGUACUUGAGCACCGUACUAUAAGCAGCUACAUUAGGAAACUAAAACGAUGAAGCUAUAUAUAGACAACCCAAUUAUCCAUUUGCCUUAUACCUAUUUCAAACUUACCCGGGAUCGAACCCUGACGUUUUUCUUCGCAAUUCCUUAGCGCACUUUGCUGCGGUGCACCUUAUCGCAGAGUCAAUUAUGGACAAUGCAAACUAACUUUUUCAUGCCGUAAAAAGACACUUCUUUCUUAAUAUUUAAUCUACGUAUUUCAUUUAUUCUCACUACAUUUUACGCAAGUAACAUGGAUCUGAUUAAAUACUGGAGACUACAAUUAUUUUAAUACCUUCAUUUUUUAUAUAAUUUCAUCUAAACCAGUUCUCCCCGACAAUUUCAAACUCGAAUAGCACAUGCAGGCUCUGUUGAAAUAUCCAUAGUUGGUUUACGGAAGAAGUUUUAGAAUAUACUAGUUAAGAAGCAUAGGAAAAAUUAAAAUCGUGCAUUUAC